AAUCUUUGCCAUUUUAAAGUGCACCAAAUCUAGAGAGACUUCAAUUCAUCAUCUAGAGAGAGAGAAUAGAGAGAGCUCAAACAGGGAGACAAUGGCGUUCAUUUCUUUCCUCGGUAGACUCCUGUUCGUCUCUGUCUUCGUUCUCUCCGCCUACCAAGAGUUCAAUGAAUUCGGUAAUGAUGGUGGACCAGCAGCAAGGCAAUUAAGGCCAAAGUUCAAUGUUUUCUCUAAACAUGUUGCUACACACACUGGAUUUCAAAUUCCCCAUAUUGAGAUGAAACAUUUGAUAUUGGGAGCUAUCAUCAUGAAGUCUCUUGGUAGCCUUUUGUUCGUCUUCAGCAGCUCUUUUGGAGCUGUGAUUCUGCUACUCCAUCAAGCUAUUUCAACCCCUAUCUUGUAUGACUUCUACAACUACGAAGCUGACAAAAAGGAAUUUGUUCAGCUCUUCGUCAAGUUCACUCAGAACUUGGCGCUGCUCGGGGCUUUGCUCUUCUUUGUUGGCAUGACGAACUCAAUGCCACGGAGAUCAUCGAAGAAGAAGGCUCCUAAGGCAAAAACUAACUAGAGGUCAGACAAAAGUGAUUGGUUUUAGUUGCUUCAUUAAUUUGCUUUAAUGAUCUGGCUAGGGAGUACUGGAACCAGUUUUUGUAAGGGUUGUAUUGUAUCAUCAUCAGCAGCACUAGAAUGUCUGUGAUUUCGUUUUGUCUUUCUUUUUUUGGACGAUGUUGUCUCGGCUAUGCCAUGAUCUCUUUAGAAAUUCAUGAAUUUAUAUGUAUGUUACAGUUUUUCCAGGAAUUAAUCACAGAUGAGGCUUUUAAGUUUGAUUA